AUUAGACCCCUAUUUUAUUAUCACAAAUAUAUCAGUGAUUCUUCAGAAUGACGAUGUGCAGUUGUGCACAGCUGUAGAGUAUAGAGUGUAGCCUGUACGUCUCGUGUAUCACUGUAGAGUGUAGCCUGUACAUCUCAUGUAUCACUGUAGAGUGUAGCUUGUAUGUCUCAUGUAUCACGAUGGACUGGCCCGCAGUGAACGUUCGCUUGGACACAUUCCGUGUGUUGAACUACACGCUAACAGGUCUGAUGACACUGUGCACAAUCUUGAACUUCUAUGUUUUCCAACAGACAGUGAUGCAACUCCACGAAAUUCAGAAAGAAAUAGGCCUGUCGACCAGCAGCAGCCAAAUGCCCCUGUUUAAUCAAACAACCGACCUGACAUCGUCUGAUCCGGUCGAGCCGUUAACCCGCUCGUUCUGGUUGACCUUUUUCCUUGUGUCGCCGACGGUUGCACUCGUCUGGUACGAAUUGCUGGACUUCACAGUGGCCAAUGUGCUGCAGUGCAUGUUCUAUCCGCAGUUGCGAGUGCUGGCUGUGGCGAAGGCAAAGGGUUACCAUCUGUCACCUAGAUACCAGGUGGCCCUGUCGCCCUUUGUUAUCUCUGUGGCGUUUGACAACUUUGUCUUCUGGUGGAACGUCGUGCAAGUGCUCAGGACCAUCCGCACUAUGAUCAGAAAUGAGGAGCGGCGGAUACGAAACCCAGCGCAGUUCAGCCAAACCGUAGACCCGGUCAUGGCCAAUCUCAGCAACUUCAACCAGUACCAACUGCAGACACUGCGCCGAGAACUCGUGGACUUGGAAACAGCCGUGCACCCAGCCAACCAUGGGCGGCUGAGGUCAAGGGUCCGAGAGAUCGACUGCUUAUUGCGCCAGCUUCGCAGCACAAACACCGCAGCGCGUGCGCGUGCCCCAUCGCCCAGUGAUGAGUGUGUGAUCUGUUGGACGGAGACGCCUCGCGUCACUUUCAGUCCCUGUGGCCACACAGUCGUGUGCCAGCGCUGUGUGACACAGUGGAAGGAGAUGGCCGAGAGGAAUCCUGGGCGUGAGGUGUGUCCACAGUGCAGGAUGUGGGUCAUGACUACGACAUACAUGCCCACUUACGAACGCCCGUUGCUGAGCGCUGCACAGUACGAAAGACAACGCGAUGAAACCACCAACCGUGAACUACAGGCACUGUACACACAUGUGCGACGAACACGUGCUUCCCAACGGACACUGCAGCAUUGCCCAUCUCAAGCAUUCGAGUCAGAAGAAGCCUUCCACACAGUAACAGGCAGACGACCCAGGCACAUGCGACCCCUCCUUCUCCAGAAACAACUAAAACAACCAGCGAACAACGGAAAUAUAGCCACAACUGAGUGCAAACGCCUAUAGAAUUAAUAUAUCAGUAUAUACAUAUAUAUAUAUAUAUAUAUAUAUAUAGUGCAUUCGUUCUUCUCUAUAAAGGAGUCCGUGCGUCGAUUGUGUCUGAUGUACACCAUUUGCACAAUGAAUAGGAGCUAACGAGUAAAGCACACACAGUACGUACAUGUGCACACACACAUAUAUACAUAUAUAUAUAUACUUCCACCUUAACGCAAGUACAUCGGAGGCCGCAAACAAUGCGCGCCGGUGACAUCUACCAGCGCAGACCAGGAACGUUUGCCACACAGGUGCACAUCUCUGCGAACGAUCACACAUCGCAGGAGAGCAUGCACACAGUUAUUGGGAGAAACCUCAUCCGUGUGUGAGACCGCCCCAUAGCACACCAGUAGCAAUGGCAUCGGGGUAUAGUCCACGGGACGCUUCCCUUGCGCAUGCUAUUGUAUACACCUUAUGCUGUCUUCCGGGUUUUAGGGUUUUAGACAAAAUGCUGGUUGCAGGUUUCAAACAAACUAACCCCCCCCCCCCUCUCUCUCUCUCUCUCUCUCCGUGGCUGCACGCGAUUCAACGAGACGAAGGCAAUAGCACACGCAGUGGGGUAGGCCCGCGUGUGCCUGAGAAGAUGUAUCCCCUACCGCCUUGAACCCAUCCCGUGCCAAGAGCGUGUGGCAUAGCUCAGAUGUGCAAAUGGGCUUGUCCUGUGCGCACCUGCACAGGCUCUUGAACAAGGCACUUCUUCACACACUAUACUAUGCACUCACAUUCUGAUAUAUAGACAGACUCCAAUACGCUGCAGUCUAUAAUUAUUAUAUAUUCGUAAGGCACCAGCCGUCUAACAGGCGAUUGCUGGACCGAGGCGAAAAACCCUGUUGUAAUAAGAAAACACUUUUGUAAGGGUUGUGAUGGGCGAUUCAGCUAAGCCUCUCUCUCUUUCCCUUGAGAUGAGGGGCCUUAAAAGGCCCGUAAUAUGUACUACUUUGCAUAAAAUAUAAC